AUGGCGCCGCGUGGCCUCCGCGGCCUGUGGAACUCCUAUGGUCUCCGUGACCUUGGGGCAUUUACAAAGCCGUCUCGGCCCCAGUGGCCGACGGUGCCGAGUGGCCUUCGCGGCCUGCGGAACUCCUAUGGUCUCUGUGACCUUACAAAGCCGUCUCGACCUCAGUGGCCGACGGUGCCGCGUGGCCUCCACAGCCUGCGGAACUCCUAUGGUCUCCGUGACCUUGGAACCUUUACAAAGCUCGCCUCGUCCGACCGUCUCUGGCUCCUCAUCAGGCCUUGGCAGCGUCCUCGGGGGCGUUUGAGUUCCCCUCAGCAUCUGAAAGACGAAGGAAGGGCUGCUAGGAAUAUCGAUGAUGUCUUCGGGCUUGGAGAUGGAGGGGCAAGCCUCGGUUGGGGAGUUUCUUGUUGCCUCUCCUUAGGAUAUGGUUCCUCCUCGUCUGAAUCAUUAAAAGCUGAGCUUGCCCAUCAGGUUCCUGUUUCGGUUGGACCGUUGACUCUCCGCUUCCGGGAUCUACCCUCGACACAUACCAUUGAUGAUAUGGGAAAGGGCAAGAUGCUAGAAUCCUCACCAGACAUUCUUGUUGAUCUAUAUCCAGUUUCUCCACAAUCAGAUGAUUCUCCUGAAGGAGGAGCUGAGACAGAUUAUGAUGUGGUAGAUAUGGCUAGGAACCCAGAUUUAAAAACUGUCGAUGACUUUGCUUCCACCAUAGAUUCCAAUGAGAAGGUAAACGGUGUAAAAACAAGAUAUGACCUGCCCCUAGAUCAAGAAGCUAGAGCCCCAUUAGGAACCGAGAGGGCUAAUUCUCCUCCUGAGGGAAGAAUCACUGUUCGCGACAAUAUGUCAACGAGGAAAAGUGAAGCCCCAACUAAUUCUGUGGAGAUACCUCUUCCAAGUUGUCGUUCCCUUGACAUCAUUCCAAGAUUGAUGAAGAGGUCUCAGCCACUGCAGGUGCUGUUCAAAAGAAGGAAAUUAGAGGAUUGUGAAAGGCCCCGAGAAGGAAAAGAGCAAGAAAGCGAGGGCCAACACGCGUCUGAUAGAGUCAACAGCACAGCAAGAGAAAACUGUGCCCCAAACCACCGAGGAAACCCGCGUUCACCCGUGGAAUCUGGGUCACGUAGUGUGGCUCCUGUUGUAGACAAAGGCAAGAACCCUCUCGAGGGAGAGGCAGUCAUAUUGCCUCCUCAUAUGUUCAAGGGAGGACCGACUGUAGCAGUCCAUACGUUAGGUGACCCUCCAACUAUCGAGUGCCCCAUCCUGGAAGAAUUUGCCACUCAACUGAACAAGACCGACAGCGUGAAGCUGAUGAGUGUGACCUCGAUGGCCUACUUGAUGCACCUAAGGAAACUGAGGGAGGAAUUGGUGCAAGCUCGAGCUGAGAGAGAUCAAGCACUUCUCAAGAAGGUUGCACUCGAGGAGAAGAGUCAGCAGAUAUAA